AGUGAGCAGCACGGCAAAGCGGAGCAGGCAGGAGAGACCCAGGAAAACGCAACACGUAACAGCGCCGCGACCAGGUGGUGGGGAGAGGGCACCACCAAGAGGCAGGGCUGGCAGCCAAAGGAUAGGCGCAUUCAGUGCUGUAUACACAGGGAGGCUCCAGAAAUAAAAGAAAAACUAAAACUAAAACGCCUGCCGCGCUUCAGAACAUCCCCAGUAUUCCGUGGAACAUGCAGUGGCCGCUGCAGGGCGGCGUUCUGCAUUCAUAAAAUGAUCAUUCGCCUACGCUAUGGGAGACGUCUGCAGACCUAUCUGAAGAUAGGUGCCUGUGUCCUGGUGGGCGUCUGCUACUUUGCCUUCCUCUACCGCGAGUCGCUCAAUGCCUACGAGCACCGGGAGCGGGCCACGGCCGCCGAACUGGAGGCGGACGCAGCGGAGCCCUCCAAGCAGCAGCUCAAGCUCAAGCGCCAGCAGAUGCAGCGCCAACGACUGCUGGCGCAGCUGCAGGCGGCCCAGGCAGGCACCACUGGAACGAAUGCCACUGGGAGCUCGGCUACCGCCGUUGCAGCUCCACUGCCACCGGCCAGCACCCUGAAUCCCGUCUACGAGUACUCCGAGGAGCUGCACAGCAGCACCGAGCGGGAGCUGCAGAGGAGGCGCGAACACCUGGCCGCCGUCUGCGAGCGCUACAAGCUGCAGGAAAAGUACCCACCGAAUCCCUGGGAGUUCUUUGUAUCGCCGGGCCACAACAAUCUCGUCUGGUGCAAUGUCUUCAAGGCGGCCAGCAGUACGUGGAUGUAUUACUUCAACGUAUUAGCUGGCUACGAUGUGAAGUAUCUGCAGAGGACAGAGACUCAGCCACUGGAGCUGGCGCGGAAGCGUUUCCCCCGACCGGAGCUGGCCGAGCUCAUGGAACUAUUGCCCAGUGCACUGUCCUUCCUGUUUGUGCGCGAUCCCUUCGAGCGGAUACUGAGCGCGUACCGCAACAAGCUGGAGGGCAAUCGGAACACCUUUUACAAGGCCUUGGGCACGAAGAUUGUCCACCGUUUCCGAAAUCACAGCCAGGGCGGGCCCUGGCCCCGCUGCGGACCCACCUUCGAGGAGUUUGUGCGCUUCCUCAUUGCCGAGCACGGGGCGGGCAAGCGUUUCGACGAGCACUGGGCGCCCAUCUACAGCUUCUGUACACCGUGCAGCGUCAACUUCACCAUCAUUGGGAAGACGGAGACGUUCCAGCGCGACUCGGAGUUCAUCAUACGGCAGGCGGGCCUGGAGACGCUGCUCCUGGGCCUGGGAAAGUUGCCGCAGCGAAAGCAGCGCAGGAUCGGCAACCAGGCGCGCAGCGGCAUCAAGUCGGAGGCCGUGGUCGAGCGCUACUUUGCCGAUAUCGAUCGCUCAACGUUGGACCAAUUGCUCAAGAUAUAUCGCAUCGAUUUCGAGCUUUUUGACUACGACUACCGCAAGUACUACGACAUGGUGCAUCCCUGGAGCCUGGAGCAGAGCACAGCCGGCACGGCUGCAGCUGCAGCGGCAGCGGCUCCCGCCACGACCUCGGCUGCGCCGGCGGUGGCGGCUGCAGGGGCUUCUGGCUCCACUCAGGGCUCAGCGGCGGCGUAG